AUGGAGCAUCACUGGGUGCGCGACCUUACGACAUCAAAUGUGCUGGCAUGGGCCGCCACACACUCCACCAACAUAGAACCAUCGGUGGAAGAGGACGCAGGCGCCGACACUGAUGAGCCGCCGGAUAAUCAUCUGCAGUCUCAGCCGGCCCCGGCUCAGACCCAGUUCAAGCGCACGCCCAUCCGCCGGCCCAGCGUCCAGCACGAGUCGCUCUUGACCAAGGCGCUGCAGAGCCAGUCGGACGAGGACUCGAAUGACUCGGCAUCCUCGACCAAUUGGUACUCCCGCCGCCGCUCCAUCACCAGCACUACCAGCGUUGCUUCGACUGUCGACUUCAACUGCAGCACCGGCAUCACCACGCCGGCUCGUACCACAUCGCCGAGCCCGCGCCAGGCAGGCAUCACAUUUGCCCUGCCCUCCAGGGAGAAGCAGCAGCAGCAACAGCAACAGCAGCAACAACAGGCGAAGAAGGACCCUGCCGUGCAAGCCCUGGAGAAGAAGCGGUGCAUCUCGUUUGCCUGCCCGGCCAAGCCGAACACAGCCGACAAGGCAACUGUUCCUCAGCAGCAGCAGCAGCAGCAGCAGCAGCAGCAACAGCCCGCCCAAAAGAUUGCCCCUCAGAAUGUGGCGGCUAAGGAGCAGUCGGUUGCUCCGAAGAGGACAACGUCUAUCAAGUUCGCCUGUGAUAGCCGGCCUGCGAAGUUAUCCGAGCAGCAGCCGAAGGAGACUCGUCCUGCGACCCCUGUCUCAUCUACCGUCUCUCCCAGCACUCCUCGCCCCCGCGUCACUCGUUCUCCUACUGCGACUCGCAAGCCGUCAAGUAGCCCCGUGGCGGUGCGGAACUCCGCCAUAACAGUCAAUAAGAAGUUCCUGACGGCUGAUCCCGCAGACCUUGAGAGCGAGUGCGCCAGGUUUCACGAGUUCGCAAGCGAUGAGCCGCAGCAGGAUGACUGGAUCCGGCGCGACAGCAUCACGCCCAUGCCUAAACUGACCAUCAACGACACUCUCAAGAAGGAGAAUGAGAUCCGGCGGCUGGGCAAGGAGGCUGAAGAGGAGGCCGAGAUGGAGGAGGAAGAGAUGGACAGGGAGAUGGACGAUGAGGAACUCGACGAGGAAGUUGAUGACGAGGCUCUUAUUGAUGACGAUGAUGACGAUUUUGAUGAAGAGGAUGAUGAUGAUGAUGUAAAUGACGACGAGAUCGAGAACGACCAGAACGACGAUGUCGACAGCGACGCCGUCGAAGAGGUAGCCUCGGACGGCUACAAGACCGACAACGAGACGGGCUUCGCCGAGUCCGACGAUGAGGAUGACGACCUGGUUUUGUGGACCACCCGCAUCGGUAAGUACCCGCUGUCGGGUGUUGUGUCCAUGUCGCGCCGGUUGUCGAUGGCCUCAGUCUCGUCAGGCAGCAGCUCGGGCAGUCGCCGCCUGGCUCGGGGCCGUGGCAAGCAGAGGCGUUCCGCCAAAGCCAAGAGCCCCUCACGGCCGGAAACUCCUGAGCUGCCCGACAGCACCGAUUUCGUCUGCGGCACGCUAGACGAGGAUCGUCCGCUCGAGGAGGCCUACAUCUCGUGCGUUGAAGCCCGCAAGCGCUCCAAGCAGAAGCCCAUUCCACAGGACAUCGACCCCAGCUUCCCGGCAUCGGAGCCCGAGGAUUCGGACGACGGUAUCUGCCGCCGCCGCCACGUCUAUGGCGACAGCAGCGACCACCUGUGGUUCCACGGCCCGAUGGAGGAUCUCCAUCAUGAUCGUGACCACCGCAAGGGCCUGCGCGGUAGGAAGAAGGAUACUUGUGCUGCUGUGUCCCCCAAGAGGUGUCGCUCGCCGCCGCCGAAGCGUCGCGGUCCCUCGCCUGCUCCUAAGCCCCGCGCUCGCUCUCCCCGCAAGGGUAACGACCAGCGCUCGCCCCGCUACCGCUCCCCUGCCCCGCCGCGCAUGGCAUCCAGAUCGCCAAUGGCUGUGUCCCCUGCCGAUGUCCCGCUUGAUGGCCCGGUCGUUUUCAAGCCCGUGCACUUUGGCGGCCCGACUAGCGUGGCUAACCACACCAAGUCGCUCCCGCCCGUUGCGGUCCUCUUCCCGAACUUGCAGCCCGUUGCUGGCCAGCAAGUCCCCCCUCCUACUCGUCGGGCGACGGCCUUCGUUCCCCGCGAGAGUGUUUCGCAUCAUAUGGUCGAGGACAUUGAGGAGGUGAAUGAGGAGGAUGAUGCCGACAACAACAACGGUAGCUCUUCGACCCACGUCCGCGGUGCGAUUGAUAUCGUUAAGGGCCUAGAGCAGAAGCGUCAGCGCAGAAAGGAGAAGUUUUUCCAGAAGUAUUAUGAGCGUGCCCGCAAGGAGGCUGCGCAGGGCAGACGCGCGGCGGUUCCGCCAGGUACAGGCGCCGAGAGGAUGAGGGAGUUGGGCCUGUUGAUGGCGGGGAAGAGGGAGAAGAGGUAUAUGCUCUCCUUCUAA